GCGAAAUAUGGCGGCGGUGAAGUCAAAAUCCGGGAUUUAUUGCUGUUCAAAAUUAGAGGAUAAUGCUCAGGGAAUGAAUGGGUCUAAAAUGUGCUUCAGUAUUUUUGAUACAUGCCUUGUCUUGUUUUCUAUGGUUACGUUUAUUAUGGACUUAAGUACAGAUGUGUUUCUUGUAGUGGAGUACUUCAGUCAUGGCCACACGUGCUGGGCGGUGAGCACAUUUCUGUUGGUUGUGCUCCCAGCAACUGUUGUGCAGAUGUUCAGUAUGCGCUGGCACAUCAUGGACAAGACUGCAAGUCGCUGCCACUGGCUGUCUCACUUAUUCUUUCUGGGCAUUAUACAUAGGUAUAUCCUGGUUCUGAAGACAGGCCUGGAGGCUCGAUCAUCUGGUGAUCCUACAGAUUUCCAGCGUGUGUAUCACCAACAGAGCGACAUCUGCUUGCUGCACUUGUUUGAAUCAUUUAUGGAGUCAGCCCCACAGCUGGUCCUCCAACUGUACAUCAUGGUAUCCCUGGAGACAUGGACGUCCUGGACUGGUGUGUCAGCAAUAGCGUCCCUCUUAUCGCUUGCCUGGGCUGUGGCAGUGUACACCAGAUCAAUGCACCGAGCCUGUUCAGAUAAGACUCAUGUGUCAUGGCCUGGACUGGUGUGCCAGGCAGCAUGGCGUGGAGGCAUGGUUACUGCCAGGAUCGCAACACUUGUCCUCUUUGCUGUGGGCUUCCAUGCUUGGCUGUUCCUGUUCCUUGGUGUGCACUGGCUGUGUAUGAUGGUAUGGAUUGUAUUCCAAAAAACUGGCUGUUACCACACCCCAUGGGACGAGUACAUCUACAACUGUGUGGUCGGGGUUAUCUAUUGCUUCUGCUUCUUCAACUUGCAGGAGGGACAGUCCCGUCACCAUGCCCUUAUGUUCUAUGUGAUUGUCAUCUCUCAAAACCUAGGCUGUCUAGGGCUUUUCCUUGCGCUGGCUGGAGUUUCCAGGUCAGGCCUCAUUGACACAGCAGGAGCACUCAUCAUUGGGGGCACUGUUCUUGGGGUGUCCAGCAUGCUUCUGUACUACCGCUUCUUCCACCCAGCAGGCCCCAUUGCAUUGUGCUCCAAACAGCUGCAACACAGCAUGGAGUGUGGUACUCCACCAUGCCUGUCAGACCUGAAUAUGGAGCAGACAGCAACAGUGCGGUCCCUGAAGCACUGCUGGCAAACUGACAAAAAUGUCACCCUCACCAGGCUAGAUGGGGUAUCACCACAAGAAAGUUCUCCACAUUCAGAUGAUGUGUGCACAGACAAGAACCUGCUGCUGACACACUGGGUGUCAGGUCAGACGAGUCCAAGCUUAGUUACGGAAGAGAAACCUGCAGGAGAGCAUGAAGACAAGUCUGCAGUCACUGUGAGUGCCAGUAGAGACAAACGUCGUGGAAUCUGUUCUCCAUUGGAACUGGGGUUAGAUGAGCAGGAGGAGAAGGGAGGAGGACAUGGUGAGAGCAUGAGAAAGCACAAACGGCGAGGGAUCUGCUUGCUGGAGCCAGAAAUGGAGGUGGAAUUGGAUCUGGUUUCUCGUAUGGAAGAGGAACCCAACAGUGAGGAACGGAGACAGAAGCGGCGUGGCAUCUGUUCACCAGGUCUCUUGGAUUUGGAGCUGAGAAACAAGGAUGAGAACGAGCAACAGGGGAUUUGCUCUGUUGUAGAAUUAACUAGAGAAGUGACUGAGAUGGAGACCAGCACAAAACAACCUGAUGAUGAAACACCCAGUGAAGUGCUUUCAGUUCCUAGUGAUGUUCUGUCUGCCCAUGACUAUGAAAAUAUAUGUGCUGUCAACAUUGCUAGAGAAGUCUGGGGCCUGCGGUCAUGGCGUGGGUAUUCAGACAUAGAAACUUGGUUACAUGAUGACAGUGUGGUGCGCGAUAGGCGGCGUGAUACUCUCACCAGCACAACAACAACUCUGACAUCUGCUUCAUCAGAUCAUUCUGGUGGGAACGAUUCACAUCCUGCAUCACCUCCUCCAUUACCUUGCAGACGUCCUGCUUCUGGCCCUCGUGCCCUGCGAACUCGACAGGAUGAUUAUUUGGAUACGCUGAUUGAUGACUUAGCAGACUGUGAAACGAGUGUGUGUUUUCAGGAAUUUAUUGCAGAGGAGCAUGACCCCAGCAUGUUUGUGGCUCGGCCAUAUGUUGUAGAUCAGCAUGGGGCACUGUUUCCCCUAAUGACACUGGAUACCAUCAUAGAGGAGCUAGAAGAGUCCAGUACAAGCACAGAAACUAUUGAACCUCUCAGGCAUGAGAAGCACCAUGAUUCAGCAAGUACCCUCGUAGCAACUAUCAAUGAGAUCCGUCGUGGGGGAUCAAUCUGCAGCUUGUACAACUCUGCGGAUGUACUAUGGGAAGUCCAGUGUCCCUCAUUCUGUGACCCUGUCCCUGAAUCCCUGCUCACAACCAGACACUCUCGAGCCCAUCUGUCCCCAGAGGAGAUUCUGUUUUUGUCAAAGCUGCAGCCCAUUCCAGAUACAAAGCUUGAGUUGAGUCCAAUCAGUAAAGGCAGCAGUUCACCCAAGACAAGUCCUGAAGUCAUCCUGGAUGCAUCUCCAUACCUUGAAUCUGUCCAGGACAUGGACAGUAUAUGCGCUGCAGAUAACGUGAUAGACAAAGUGGAUGACUCAAGGCCUGGAAAGAAAGAUGUUGCAGACAGACCAUGUCAGAACUUUUCCUUAUUGCGUGAGAAGUUUGAAUCCAAGCAGACAGUAUCUAAUAUUGAGGUGGACCACAAGACAUCAUCAGAGUGUCCUCAUUCCUGUUCAGAUUGCUCUGCAGCCAUCCAUGAUGAUUCUGGAUUGAACAUCCUGUCUGAAUUGGAGAGAAAGCCCAUAAUUUGUCUGAACAAGGAGAAUAUGACAUCAGUGGUUCCAGGCAGGAUAAAACAGUGGAAUAACUACUUGAAAGCUCAGAAUUCAUGUAAUUCUAGAUUGGGCCCAGAGCCUUGUAAAAUCAUCUGUUUACCAAGCGGUCAUGACAGUGACCUUGGUAAGCUAAUAAAGCCAAGUUUGCGGGAGCGGAGGAGCAUGUUUCUGAGGCAGGUGCUGUCCCCUAGCUGGGGAAAGAAGAGCUCUCUCAGUCCCAAUACAAAGGUGGUGCCUGCAACAUGACAUUCUUUCACCAUGAGAUGAUAUCAACUGCUGAGAUUAUUUACUGUUAAUAUUAGAGUCCAUACCAGAGAAAUUUAGACCUCCCACACCAAGUAAAUCUUGAAUCCAGGUCUGUUUGUUGGGACAUUUGCUGCACAGACACUUGAAAGGUGAAGAUAUGUUGGAGAGAAUGGCAGGGGAAAUACCACCCCAGAAUGGUGUUUUUGAUAGGUUACAAACCCUCUUAAUGCUAAGCCUAAUUCUGUAGGCUGUCAUGUUUUACUGUGCAUAUUUAUGCAAAUUAAAUAAACCACACAAAGGAGAUUUCUUUGCUGGAGAUAAGAGUUUGGGGAUUGUUGAAAGUAAGUACUGUGUCAUCCCUUGACAUGCAACAGAAAAUGAACCCAUAAGCAUCAGUCAGCUCUAACAGAUCCUGCCUCUUCAGUUCAGUUGGCUCACUGGCAAGGAAGGGGUUAAUGUCAGUGUGUCUAUGCAGAGGUUAUAUCGUUGCCAGUGAGACAUGAGGGUGAUCCAGAGUGAAUAAGUUGGGAGAAUCCUAUUGUGACCCAGAUUUUGUACAUGUCAUACCACUUUGUUCUUAAUUAUGAUCAUCUUUUCUUGUAGUAUGUCUAUUGUCAUCUCGUCCAUUGUUCUGGUUUUUAGUGUUAUCCCAUCUUGAUCCGAAUUCUCCGUAGAUACGUCAUCUUUACUGUUUGUAAUCUGUUAACAUCUGUGUUAGUUCAAAUCAUGGUUUCUGCUCUAUAUGCCACUGUAAGAAAGUAACAUGACUUGAAUUUUAUCUCAAAUUUCCAAAAUUUAAAUGAUUUCUCUUGCCAAGUAAGAAAAUCUUAUGGUUUCAAGGUUUGUUUCUGUUACUUCCUGGAUUUUCCAUUUGAUAGUUUUACUACAAAAAUUAGAAAUACUUUCAACUUUUCUACUGCGCUAUAUUUCCUGCACGUGUUUUAUUGUUGUAUCAUGUGUUCUGAUUUUGUAUUGUUACUUCUUCAGACUUUUGUGCUAUUUAUAGAUUUUAUUUUAUAGCUGUUUUUAUUUACCCUCUCCAUAGCCAGAGAUUAUUUGGCAAAGAGUAAAUGAAUGGUGCCCCUAAAUAGGCUUCAGGUUCUGUCUUAUGAAUUUGUUAAACAUAAUUAUCACAAUUUAUUUGGACCUUUGCAGUUGAUCCUGGUGGUGAAGAGAGCUGUUUUGUGUGAAAUUUGCCUGAUUUUAAUACACUGAACCUGUUCUUGAAUUUUCUACAAAUAGGAGCUACCUCAACUCAGAAUUUUAUUCAGUAUUAUGCUCCAGAGCUGUGAAUGUUUUAUCUAUAUGUGCUUUGUAAUUAUACACUAGUUGCUUUCAGUAAUCAUACUUCUUGUGCUUCCUGCAUGAGGAGCAGCUUGACUGAUUUGGGACAGUUCCAGACAGGAGCAGCUGGGAGCAAAAGAUUUAUAAACAGGACACUGUCUCAGAAUUCUGUGACAUAAGACACUGGCUGAAGGUAUAUGAAAAGGAAGGGUGGUAGGAUACUGUCCUGCCACAACAUCACCAUAUUCUGUGCCUUAUUGGUGUGUUCCAUAUUAAGAUAUAUUCUGUAUAGACAGGUGUCAUUUGUUGUGAUUCUAAAGCUGACAUUUUAAGACACUAAUCUGCAAUGUGGAAUUUCCACAUUAUGUUUUUGAUUUUCUAUCUGGAUACUGAGGCCAGAAUUAUGUCAUAUUAUAUAUAUAUUUUUUUAUAAUUAUUAGAAAAUGGUAUACUUUUUAUAUGUGAAUAUUAUGCAAAUAAAAAUCACACCUAUUUUAGUACA